AUGCCUAUGGUUUAUUGCACAUAUGAUAUUAUAUGUAUAUUAAGCUAUGACGCAGCUGUAGACCAAGCCAAAUGUUCGACAUUACGCGCAAGACGUGAUGCUUUGUGCACAAAAACUUUUGACAAAAUGAGACAGCAAAAUGAGACUGCAAGCUUCGUCAUGGAAGGUCACGCAUUUUUGAGCUCCGUCGAACAACUCGAUUUAUCGGCCGAAAGCACCACAGAAGUUAAUUCUACUAAGUCUAACAUUCAUGGCGCCUUACAUUUCGAUGAUACCAAAAACCAAUUUAAGUGGCAAGGGACAGCAGACGAACUCAAGAAAUAUGUCGAAAAUCAGCUCGCCAUACCUGGUUCAUGGAGUGUAAAGACCAACGGCAACCUACAUACCUUUAAAGCCACAGACACAACCGUAACUCUAAACUGGUAUUUGUCAACCUUAACUUUACAAGUACAAGGCCCAUCAAGACAAGCUAUAGUAGAGAAAAUGUCUAAAGCAAUAGAUACUGCCAUUGGUCCAAACGACGCGGCCGCGACGAACAACAUGCCUGUAACUUUCAUAAUUGAAGACGAACCUGUCGAAGGAGACGCUGCUUUGCAAGCCAGCGUUUCUCAAUGUGAGGGUUGCACAAUCCUGUCUGAAGAAGUUAAAGAACUCCGGAAGACCAUUUACUCUGUAUUAAGAAGGCUAGACGAUUUAUCCGCAAAAAGUAAGCAAAACGAAGCAGCACUGGAGCAAAAGCGAGGAAAGUAA